AUGGUAGCUUGGACGCGCUUCAAGUUGCUUCUGGCCAUGGUCACCACUCUGGUGACCAUGGCUGCUGCUUCGGCUGAGUGCCACAACAUCGAAACGGUCCUUCUUCAGGACCCCCACACUGGGGAGCAGUACCAGUUUGGCGAAGUCGAUGUUUUGCCUCAGGCCUUGUUUGGUCGUGCUGUCUAUGCUCAUGAACUUGUCACUGUUACGGUUACCCAUACUACUUGCGGUCACGAGGAACCGACCAUGACUGUCACCACGGAUGUUCCUUGCACCACUGACCACUCGUCUACUACUCCUGUCCCGGAUCAGGUAACUACCCCUGCACCUGGCUUUUCUCAGUCUACUGCGCCCACUACUUCCGCGAUCCCGGUGCCUUUUACCACUCAGACUUUUGUGUCCAGUGCCCUAGAGGUGUCGUCUCAGUCGACUGCACCGGUUUCCUCCCAGACUCCAGUACCUGUCACCACUACCCAGACUCCAGUGUCCAGUAUUCCUGAGGUGACCACUCAGUCAUCUGCGCCUGUUGUCCCUCACAGCUCUGUCCCUAGUGCUACCGAGGUGACCACCAAGUCUUCUACGCUCAGCAAAACCCGGACUUCUACGCCUGGCACCACUUUGGUGACCUCGCUGUCUUCUGUGCCCGGAACUGCUCAGACCCCAGUGCCCAGUACUACCAAGGUGCCCAUUGGAAGCAGCUCUGUAGCCAACACUGGCUCCUCUACGGUUACUGCCACUGCUACCGAGUCGGUUUCCUCGUCUGGUACUAGUCCCACCAGCGUGGCUCCGGUUCCUGCCACCUCUGCUGAGCACUACACCAGCUCUACGAUUCCUGGCACUCUUACCGAGGUAACCAGCGAGACGAUCUCUUCACCAUGUCCAUCUCCCUCUGAAGCCUCUCCUGCUCCUGGUACCACCAAGAUUCCUGGAACUGUUUCUGAAGUAACUACGGGGUCCAUUACAUCUUCUCGCCUUACCAAAGUGGUUCCUGUCCCUGGUACUACUGGAAUUGCGUACACAAACUCAACUGUUCCCCAGGCUCCUAGCACUGUGACUGGUGUGACCACUUAUUACACCACGUCACCUUGCCUCAACUCAACUGAGCUAGCUCCUACUCCGGUGACCACAGAAAUCACCAUCACCGUUGAGGUUCCUUGCACUGAGACCACCAAAUGUGUCAGCACCAAGGUUAUUACCACCAGCACUUCGCCGGUUUCAGAGACAACUGUUCCGGUUCUCUCUCGACAGCCUACUACAAUCACCGAGAUUCAGUCGACUGUUCCCGUUCCUGUCCCGGUUGCUACUGAAGAGGUCACUGUUACGGUUGAAAUCCCUUGCACUGAAACCACCAAAUGCAUCAGCACCACGGUGUAUACCACAACCCCUACGGAGACGACCACCAUCUCUGUGACUCCAAUUCCGGUUACAAUUUCUACUCCAUACACCCUCACUAAAGUUGUGACCACUGUAAUCCAGCCAACUAUCCCUGGUGCCUCUUCACAGGAGACCACCAAGACUGUGACUACUGUGGUUCAGCCCACUGCCCCUGUCCCCAUUCUGCAGGAGACCACUGAGGUUGUGACUACUGUGGUCCAGCCAACUAUCCCUGGUGCCUCUUCACAGGAGACCACCAAGACUGUGACUACUGUGGUUCAGCCCACUGCCCCUGUCCCCAUUGUGCAGGAGGCCACCGAGGUUGUGACCACCAAGAUCACACCGACUGAGUUGGUCCCACUUCCAGACUCCACCACUAUGGAGGCAACUACGCUGGUCAAGGUCCCUGCUCCUCCUGCUCAGCAGGCCGCUACCACCGAGUCCAAGGUUUCGGUUGUGCCUCCCCAACAGCCUACCCACACCCAGGAGGAAACUGUCCCGCCAUCUCCUCAUGGUACAUCUUCCAGUGGUACUCAUACCCCUUCUCCUAUUUUCAACAGUGCCAAUGCCGCUGGAAUCACGGACAGCCGUCUCUUCGCCGUGAGCAUUUUGAUUAUGCUCUCUCAAAUCUUCCACUGGAUUCAUUGA